AUGGAAAAAAAUGAAAAUUCCUGUGAACUGUUAAACAGUAACGUGUCGUUGUUUGAGUUAUCAUCUGAAACAAAUUUGAAGGUUAACAUAAUAAACAAUAACAAACAUUUUGUCGACUAUUAUUUGAAUGCACUAGAAAAUAAACAAAUAGAAAAAAUAAAAUAUUUUGAUAUAGACAUAACAGAAGAUGUAAACGACAUAAAUGAAUCCUUUUCUGCUCCUUUGACUUUGAGUGAUCAGUAUGAAGAAGAUUACUUGCAAUUUAAAAUUAAUAAAUACUUAUCAUGUUGUAAUGACAGCUCUUAUGCUAAAAGAAUUUUGUUACAGGAUAUGAAUAUCACAGUAGGUGAAAAGAAGAACGAAGAAAACGGUUGA